ACUGGCUUGGGUGGCGGUGAAGAGCGGCUACGUCCGAGUAAACUAUCCAUUAACGUCCUUCGAACCGCAUAAAACGGUUCGAUCGUUUUUGUCAUCAGAACCUGGCAGUGCAGUUCCACCCGCCACAGGAGUUAGUUGGUCUCAUCGAGAAGAUUUAAACAUUUUGCAGUUCGAACAAUUCAAAGCGAUGUCGUCCUUGGGUGCAGAAUCACUGCUUCUCGUCGUCUUGUAUGUGUCGGGCUCCAUUGUGACUGGCCAUCCUGUCGACCAUCAAAGCGCCACAGGACUCGAUGCCGCCCUGAGCAACAUAGCGAACAGCGUGGUGGUGGUGCAUGAUGAAACCCAGCAACCGGCAAACGAAUCGGACUCAUCGGAACUGCAUCUCCAGUCGGCCAACGCAAUUCCUCCGUUGCAGCAUAUUGCGGUGAUGAAGGAAGUGCCCCACAUUCACGCGGGUGAAGAAACAACGUUAUUUUCGAACGAUACCGAUUCGAAGAGCGUGAUAGAGCUGACCGUAUUGCCCGUGGGCAGCAAUUCGUCCAGCAUCGACGAUGCGGAGACAAUGAAGGACGAGAAAGAUGAGGAGCAUACCACCGAGCUCACCACUGCGACGACGGAGGAGGAGGAAUCCGUUGAGAUUACCACCGAGCUGGAUACGGAAGCCCUCACCACGGUCGAGCCGGUAACGCGAGGUGCCGAGAAUGUGACCUCCGUGACGGUUAUCACAGUGCUUCACAGUGAACAGGGUGGCCAGCAGACGGAGGAGGAAAUCAAGGAAACGAUCAAGGAAGUGGAAGCGAUGCCCGUCAUACUGACCGUAGGGGUGUAAAGGUGGCAAAACGUGAUCCCGCUAAUCACGUCGGAUCGUAAACAAUAAAGAGCAAAACACACAACAGCGAUUCACACUC